AUGAGUGAAUUUCCCAACUGGCUUACGGAUGAUUAUAUUAAGAAGAUCUUCAAUGAUUUCUUCGACAGAGAAAGAAAGUUGAAAGAACCAAUUGAUUGGGAUGUUGAUUUGCAGUUUUACGAGAAACACAUUGAGAAUAUAGCGACAAAGUUGUUUAAAGUGAAGGUGACAAAUAAGAAGGAUCCAAAAGAAGUUUACAGUGCUUUUGUUAAGACUCUGUGUGAAUCAUCGCCGAAUAAUUUUCAGCUCACGUUCUCUCUUCAGGAGAUCAUGUUUGAGAGAGAGGGAGAAGUUUAUGAGGAUUUUAUCAGUAAACUUCCUCACAUUCUGCCCAAGAUUGAGGAAUGUGAAUUGCGAUUCCCAAAACUCUACCACUUCUCCAAGAAUCCCCUGGUCGUGGUGAUAGAAGAUGUAUCCCAGGAAGGCUUCGAGAAAUUCCCGGAUCCCUAUUCACUUGACGACUGCCGAAAAGUCUUUCAGCAUUUGGCCAAAUUCCAUGCGUUUUCUUACUUUCUACAUCAUGAAUUGAACAUCGACAUGUCCAAGUUCACCAAUUUCAUUUGGAAGGAUUUGGCCAAGAAUGUGCCGAUUGUGAAUCUGGCUUAUGGGCAAUUCAUUGAGGUCGUUAGUAGUUGGGAAGGAUGCUCAGAAUUCGCUGAAAAACUCCGGAAAUUCCAGCCUCACUAUUGCGAUGCUAUAAUUGAUUCCUCGCACCCAAAAGAUGACGGAUUCAACGUCUUGAGCCAUGCAGAUUUCCACAAGCAUAAUCUUCUAUUCAGAAACAACAAGAAGGAUUGUGUUGUCAUUGAUUACCAGUUAAGCGCCUGGAGAAGUCCUGCCUAUGACAUCAUUGGGGCAUUCAAUAUCUUCUGUGAGCCAGAGGAUAAUAUCAAUUCUAGGGAUAUCCUCCUGAGCUCCUACCACAAGGAGUUUAAGUUUAUCCUGCGUAAGCUAGGAUUCUCCCACAGAAUCCCAACUUUACUGGAUCUUCACGUGGAAGUUCUCAAAUGCGGAAUUUUGGAUGUGGUCUACUGGUCGAUCUACAAUCCCAUGGGUGCGCUGUCGGAAAAUCCCGGUGAUAAAAGACAAUUUAUAGUGCGAUAUGUUGAAGCAUUGAAUUCUUCUCGUCAGAGGCAGUUAGCUGCUGUUUUUCCAACAUUUCUCAAUCGUGGAUAUCUCGACUGUGACGAGAAUGACUAGAAAAAUUUAAAAAUAUUAGAUGUUAUUGCUUGUUUUUCAUGGUUUUUAGGAAAAUUCUUUCUCAAAUAAAUUAUGAC